CUGUGUCGCGUGAAGUUGUGCUCUGCUGUUUCACCGUGAGGCCGAGAGGCCACUGAGCCCCGCGUUCUGCCGAUCCUGCCGAUCCUGCAGCCUCCGGCCUCCCGCAACUAUGGAGUACCUCAUCGGUAUCCAGGGCCCCGACUACGUCCUGGUCGCCUCCGACCGGGUGGCCGCCAGCAGUAUUGUACAGAUGAAGGACGAUCAUGACAAAAUGUUUAAGAUGAGUGAAAAAAUCUUGCUUCUAUGUGUUGGAGAGGCUGGCGACACUGUGCAGUUUGCAGAAUAUAUUCAGAAAAAUGUACAGCUUUAUAAGAUGCGAAAUGGAUAUGAAUUGUCUCCCACAGCAGCAGCUAAUUUCACUCGCCGAAACCUAGCUGACUGCCUUCGGAGUCGGACUCCAUAUCAUGUCAACCUCCUCCUGGCUGGCUACGAUGAGCAUGAGGGUCCAGCACUCUACUACAUGGACUACCUGGCAGCCUUGGCAAAGGCCCCUUUUGCAGCCCAUGGCUAUGGUGCCUUCCUGACUCUCAGUAUCCUGGACCGAUACUAUACACCAACUAUCUCACGUGAGAGGGCAGUGGAGCUUCUUAGGAAAUGUCUGGAGGAGCUCCAGAAACGCUUCAUCCUGAAUCUGCCAACCUUCAGCGUUCGAGUCAUUGACAAAAAUGGCAUCCAUGACCUGGAGAACAUUUCCUUCUCUAAAGGGGGAUCCUAACAUUGUGCCCUCCAUCCCACUUGCCAGGGAACUUUUUUGAUGGGCUACUUUAUUUUUUUCUACUCUUUUGACCUGCACUCUUGAUAGAUGAUUAAUUCAGAAUAAAGCUGAAUAUGUAUAAAUUGA